AUGUCGUGGUCAGAAGCUCAGAGUUACUGUAGAGAGAGUUUCACUGAUCUGGCUACUGUAGACUCUAUGAAUGAUGUGAACAGGACGAUGAAUAAAGUGAAUGAUGGAUACAGUGGAUCAGUGUGGAUUGGACUGAAGAGAGGGGGACAGCAUCGUUGGGCUGCCAGCCAAAUGAAGGGAUCUCUUGAGGACCAGAUCAUUGCUGCAAACCCUCUGCUUGAAGCUUAUGGUAAUGCCAAGACUGUGAGAAAUGACAACUCCUCUCGUUUUGGUAAAUUCAUCAGAAUUCACUUUGGCACAUCUGGAAAACUGUCUAGUGCUGAUAUUGAAACAUACCUGCUGGAGAAGUCUAGAGUGACAUUCCAGCUUUCAGAUGAGAGAGGCUACCACAUCUUCUACCAGAUGAUGACCAACCACAAGCCUGAGCUGAUUGAAAUGACGCUCAUCACCACCAACCCCUAUGACUUCCCCAUGUGCAGUCAGGGUCACAUCACAGUGGCAAGCAUUGAUGAUAAAGAGGAGCUGGUUGCCACUGAUACUGCUAUUGACAUUCUGGGCUUCAGUGGUGAGGAGAAGAUGGGCAUCUACAAGUUCACUGGAGCUGUGCUGCAUCAUGGUAACAUGAAGUUCAAGCAGAAGCAGCGUGAGGAGCAGGCUGAGCCUGAUGGCACAGAGGAUGCUGACAAAGUCGCUUACCUUUUGGGCUUGAACUCUGCUGAUAUGCUGAAGGCUUUGUGCUACCCAAGAGUGAAGGUCGGAAAUGAGUUUGUGACCAAAGGUCAGACCGUGCCACAGGUGUACAACUCUGUUAGCGCUCUGGCCAAAUCUAUCUAUGAGAGGAUGUUCUUGUGGAUGGUUGUUCGUAUCAACCAGAUGUUGGACACAAAACAAGCCAGACAGUCCUUCAUUGGUGUGCUGGAUAUUGCUGGCUUUGAGAUCUUUGAUUACAACAGUAUGGAGCAGCUGUGCAUCAACUUCACCAACGAGAAACUGCAACAGUUUUUCAACCACCACAUGUUUGUGCUGGAACAAGAGGAGUACAAGAAGGAGGGCAUUGUUUGGGCGUUCAUUGACUUUGGCAUGGACUUGGCUGCUUGCAUUGAGCUCAUUGAGAAGCCCAUGGGUAUCUUCUCCAUCCUUGAAGAAGAGUGCAUGUUUCCCAAGGCCUCCGACACAACCUUCAAGAACAAGCUGUAUGAUCAGCAUCUUGGCAAGUGUAAUGCUUUCCAGAAACCAAAGCCUGUCAAAGGCAAGCCUGAGGCCCACUUCUCCCUGGUUCACUAUGCUGGAACUGUGGACUACAACAUCACUGGCUGGCUGGACAAGAACAAGGAUCCACUGAACGAGUCUGUUAUACAGCUGUACCAGAAGUCUUCUGUCAAACUGCUGGGUACUUUCUACCCACCUGUUGUUGAAGAGAGUGGCAAGAAGGGAGGCAAGAAGAAGGGUGGUUCCAUGCAGACUGUGUCUUCUCAGUUCAGAGAGAAUCUGGGCAAGCUGAUGACCAACUUGAGGAGCACUCACCCUCACUUUGUACGUUGUCUGAUUCCCAAUGAGUCCAAGACUCCAGGUCUCAUGGAGAACCACCUGGUUAUCCACCAGCUAAGGUGUAAUGGUGUACUGGAAGGUAUCAGAAUCUGCAGAAAAGGCUUCCCCAGCAGAAUCGUCUAUGGUGACUUCAAACAGAGAUACAAGGUGCUGAAUGCCAGUGUUAUCCCUGAGGGACAAUUCAUGGACAACAAGAAAGCUUCUGAGAAACUCCUGGGAUCCAUCGAUGUUGAUCAUGACCAGUACAGAUUUGGACACACAAAGGUUCACAUUCUGCUUCACGAUUAUCCGUUUUUUUAG